UUUAAAAAAAAUUAUGCCCUCUAAGAAAGGAUCCUAUGUCAACUACCUCAUUUGUAGUAAGCCUGAAAUUAAAACUGGGAAGAGUGCUGGGAAUAAAGCAAAGGAGUUUUUGUGGGCCGCCCAAACCAGAGGUGCUUGAACAACUUGUCUUAAGAAAAGAGGAAGGAGCUCUCAAAUGCUGUGUCAAUUCAGGGACUCAGUAGAACAAUGGAAUACCGUUCUGAGGUAGAAAAUUUGGAUGAAGAUGGUUAUACUCGUUUAGACUUCAGCUCUCAAGGCGUCACUGGGAGACAUGCGGUCUCAGAGAAAGGAACUUGUGCUACGUCUCCUUAUUGGCGUCCCAUUGCCGUGACCUUGGGAAUCCUAUGCUUGGUAAUACUGGUGACAGCUGUGGUCCUGGGUACCACGGCUAUUUGGAGACCCAAUUCAGAAAGCAACCCAUUGAAGAAUGACAACUUUCCAUCAAGAAAUAAAGAGAACUACAGUCAACCCACACAAUCAUCUUUAGAAGACAGUGUGGCUCCUACCAAGGCUCUCACAACCACAGGAGUUUUUUCCAACUCUUGUCCUCCUAACUGGAUCAUACAUGAGAACAACUGUUAUCUAUUUAGGACAUCAUUAGCUUCCUGGAAUAGCAGUAAAAAACAAUGCUCUCAACUGCACUCUAAUCUCCUGAAGAUAGACAGUGAAAAAGAACUGGAAUUCAUAAUGAAGCAAGCGUCUUCUCAACCCGAUAAUUCAUUUUGGAUAGGGCUUUCUCGCCAUCAUACUGAAGGACCAUGGCUCUGGGAGGACGGCUCGAGAUUAUCUUCUGACUUGUUUCAGAUCAGAAGCACAGAAAUUCAAGAAAACUCAUCUCACGAUUGCGUGUGGAUUCACCUAUCAAUAAUUUAUGACCAACUUUGUAGUUUGCCUUCAUACAGUAUUUGUGAGAAGAAGUUGUCAAUAAAAUGACGAGGCUGUUGAUGUAAAGAACAGAGAGAAGUAUGUAACAGCCAGAAGGGCAAAAA